CCACUUCCCACUAUAUGUGCAUAUUGGUUCAAGGGAACUAGUCUGGGGCACGCUAGCAAAAAUCAUUCGGAAUUCUUCACAUUUGAGACAAUAUCUCUUUUAAAAUGUCAGAGGCCUUUCAGAAAGCUGCUGACGAGGUGAAGAAGUUGGCGAAAACACCCAGCAAUGAAGACAUGCUAGAAGUUUAUGCUCUUUACAAGCAAGUUACCGUCGGAGAUUGCAACACAGAAAGACCUGGAUUUUUGGAUAUGACUGGAAAAGCCAAAUGGGAUGCCUGGAAUGGCAAGAAAGGUACAGCCAAAGCAGAAGCUGAGGCAGCCUACAUUGCAAAGGUGGAGGAAAUGAAGAAAGUAUAUAGUUGAUUUUUAAUUGGAAAUAAAGACUUUUUUCCAGAAAUUGA